CUUGAACUCUAUCAACGACUAUGUGUAACAUUAUACGAGCCAGAGGCAUACCUUUCUGAUUUAGCACAUCCAACAACAGCAAGAACAGCACUAGAAAUGGAAUCAAAUUCCACACCGAAUCGACUUACCAAGAGGGUCAACGAAACAGACGACAAGCAGACAGACACGCACGUCGACAGAACAACACUAGCAAGAGCCACAAGUGUUCGCUGGAUUGAUUGUCUGGCCAUUGGCUGACCAAAAUCUGAACUUCAACUAUGGCUCCAGAAGCCAUUCACCACCAUCACCAUCAUCACUCGCUGUCACACGACCAGUGCGAUCUAACGCGGGCUAAACAUCAUCUGACCACCAUGAGGACAGCAAGAACACCACCACCACCACCACACAGCGGGAGUUCAAGCCAACCUGUGCCCAACGAGAGUCCACCUGGUCCCGUGGCGAUGACGGCACCGUUGCCUCCACUGAUGGUGGUCUCCGUGCUUCGAAACCUGCGGCAGGUUUUCUGGGGAGCGUUUCGCCAAUUGCUACAGCACGCCUCGGCUGCUAAACAACUUUUCAGCCACACUACGUGGUUUUGGCGGUUUCUGUGUAGCGGUCAACAACACGUAGCUGGCAUUAAGGGCGACGGGCAGCAGAUCAUGAAGGGCCGAGGAGGAGAAGAGGGGCGGCCUGGUGGUGAAGAGGAGGCUCAGCGGCAGGAGCAGGAGCAAGGGUCAUGGGGGAUGUCUUGGAUCCUUACACAGGUGGAGAGGGAGGAGGAGGAGGAGAAGAGGCAGCUGGAUGAGGACAGUGAUGAAGAAGAUGAUGAUGAGGAGGAGGUUGUGUACGAAGAGGACAGCGAUGGAGAUCAGCUGGAUGAGGAAGAAGAGGAGGAGGAGGAAGAAUGGGAGUCUGACUGGGUGGAGUGGGAAUCUGAGGAUGAUGAUGAUGACGAGGAGGAGGAGGAGGAGGAAGAAGAAAAUGAUGAUGAUGAAGAUGUUCACCAGCAGAGCAGCCUUGAAGCUUCCACCUAUACACCAGUCCCAGUCACACAGAGCCCCAAGCCACCAAGGAAUAAUGAAGUACAGAUGGACAAUGACAGUAGCGAUGAAGAUGAUGAUGACGACUUGAACGUUGACUGUAAUGACUCUGAUUGGUCAGAUGAGGAUGAUGGCGGUGACUCUGAGUCCUCAGCGGAGAGCGUGCAGCUCUGGGAGUCUUUCCUCCACAGUGACGACCCCUACAACCCUCUCAGCUUCUCCUCCACCACACACACCUCUCCCACCAAGAACUCUGAAAACAGCACACACACUUCCACCUCCAAGAGCCUCCACAACACAAACACGUCUUCUGCCAAGACCCCCGGCAACGACACACACUCAUCACCCACCAAGACACCCAACGGCACAAACUCUUCUCCCACCAAGAACUUUGACAACACACACACUUCACCCUCCGAGAACUCAAAGAACACACACACUCCUGCCAACAACAUCCCAGAGAGCACACACACCUCAUCAUCAUUCCAAGGCGAGAGGAGGCGAGUCGAGCAGCACACAGAUGAGGAGCGAGGAGACAAGCAGCUUUCCAGCCACAACCUCAAGCAGCACAAGAAGGUGUGCUUCAGCGAUGAGCUGGUGUCAGUUCGCCCUCUUGUGGCCUGGUCGUUCGCCAGCAGGGCAGCCCGAGACGGCUCCUGCUGGAUGCAGAUGGCCAGAGACCGAGGCCGCUUCCGCCGCAGAGUGGAGGAGACCGGGAGGAUCAUCAGCCCGUGCCUCAGCCCCCAGCACAGAUGCUUGGCCUGGGAGAGGCUACAGAACUCAGUACUGUAGUAGAACACUGCCACAUUGGUGAUUAAUAUUCUAGAAUUCCACACUUUAGAACACUGCCAUUGCUGAUAAAGAUUCUAGAACUACUCAGUGUAGAACACUGCUAUUGUUGAUGAAGAUUCUAGAAUUCUGCACUGUAGAACAUUGUCAUUUUUGAUUACAACUCCUGAACUCUGUGCUGCAGAAUGCAAUCUUUUAUGAAGAGCGCAAUUCCUCUAUUGUAAAAUUAUUUUAUUGUUGAAGACAAUAUUUCUGCACUGUAUAAUACUAUUACCAUUUACAAUGCUGUUAAUUAUUAAGUGUAUGUUAAUUAAUGUUACAAUGUACCAGUUUGAAAGUGUCUUUUAUACUAUUGUUUUAUAACUUCCAGUAUCUAUUAACAUGGAACAUGUAUUUAUUCAGUGUUCUUUUUAAAACGUUGUUAGUCCUACUACUGCUAACUUGCACUUUAAGUUUGUUUUGGUAAUAAAUGUUUCUACUUGUACCCUAA